UUCCACAAUAACUACCGACGCCAUUACCAUUCUUCCUUCUUCUUCUAAUUCUUCUUCACCAACAAACCCAUUUUCCACCAUGGAUUCCGGUCAUCAGGCCGCCGUAUACGGCGGCGGCGGCAGAUCUGGCGGGAAAAUCUUGAAACGGCUACCAAUUGCUGCAAGAAACACUCCAUAUGAUCGCCUCACUGCGCCUCUGCAACCUGAAAACCCUAAUUGGCUUAAUGCAUUUGUUUUUCCCGCCAAAUUUUUUUCCGGUGGUGCUGGUAAACUUCUUUCGUCAGUUUGGAACCCUAAAAGUUGGGGCUCGUGUUCGUCUUCUUCUUCUUCUUCGGAGAGUGAUUCUGAUUCGGAAGGUGGUGUAGAAGAUGAUUAUGAACCUGAUGGAAACCUUCAUGAUGAUGGUGCUGUGAUAAAUCAGAAUAAAGGCAGUUCGUCGGGGAAGAGUGAGAUUUUAGAUUUGGUUGAACAAUUACUUAUGCGCGAACGCUUCUCAAGGGAAGAGUGUGAUAGAUUGAUAAAGAUUCUCAAUUUGCGAGUUGUAGAUUAUUCCACGAGAGAGGGAAUGGAUGCUGGACCAAAUAAUUCAAAUAUUAGCAACAAAAUGAUCAUGCAAGCAAGAAAAAUGAUUAAAGAAAAUCCGGUUGGAUCAAGUGUAAUUUCGGACUUGGACAAUAGCAUUCAUGGCUCCAAAUCUCUUGUGACUCCAAAUAUGGAUUAUCAUGGAUCAUGGAAUAUUCAGAAUGAAAUACAACGGUUGCAUUCCAAGGCCAUACAGCUUUUGAAACCAAACAUACCAUUCUCUUUACAAUCACUAAAACCCUGUUCAUCCCUUCCAGCAAUCAAGGAGAAAAAACAGAUGGCAGAGGGAAAAGGGUUUAAAGAUCAUAAAGCGGGUGAUGAUGUGAAUCGUGUCGAAGGGAAUAGUGAUAUGAUUACUGAAUAUGCAGAAGUGGGUUAUGUCAUUCAUGCUUCUCAGGGCAGCUCUAAUACCAAUUACCCCACUUCUACAAACGAGACCGAUAGCCCAUCUUCAAAACGAGCAGCAACAAGAACCAGAAUAUACAACACUAGAAGUCGAAGUGGUAGGCCCCUGGGCAAAUGAUGAUGUAAAUAAAGUAUAGCUUGAGAGAUCUAAAUCUUCCUACAACUUUUAGGGUUUACAUUCUUGUGUUGUUUUUAGUCUAGUUUACUGGUUUUAGGCUAGGUUUAUGUAAUUGUAAUUGAACUAAUCUACCAUAUUAUGAUGUGUAUAUUAGUAGCAUAUAUUGUGAAGAGUUGUCA